AUGCGACGAACUAACGGCGCGUAUGCAGACAAUGUUGCUACUUGCUUCACUGCUGUCCGAGCGAGCGGCCAGCAAUACUUAAUACUACGUGAAAGACAAUCAACGCCGUUCUUCCGGUUGUUGACAUUGUCCUUGCAGAGCGAUGACGGUGAGCUUAAAGACGCAGCAAUGCACUGUUUGACUCAGUUAACUAAAUCAGCAUUAAAUAAGAAACACGCGGAUAAAACAAGUGAUGAAACGUGUAAAGUCUUCUUUAACGAUCUUAAAUUCGACAACCAACAAGCUAGUGCUAGAUCUAGGGCGGGUGACACGGGAAGGGAUGAUGACUGUCAUCCGAAGUAUGUUUGCGAGGAGCUAUGUAAACUGUUAAUAUACCACUUUCAAGAUCUGUUGGAUAAGAAGAAGAGCCUAGUGAGUCAAGGAUCCAGCUCUGAAUACUUUGUACUGGUUGCUCACAACAAUAAACUGCUCAAUGUUAGAAUGCGUGGUCGCGUGGCGGGCGUUACGUGCGGGGUGCGGAGGGCGGGGUGGGGGCGGAGUGGGUGCGGCUGUGCGCGGCACGCGGACGGCGGCGGCGUGCUGCUGGCGGGGGCGCCGAGCCGCGGGCUCGCCGCGCGCCUGCUGCCCGCGCUGGCUAACGCCGCGCACCACCACCGCGCCGCCUUCCUGCAUUCUCCGGAGCUGUUGGAAAUCCUAUCAGCUGCUCUGCUGACUGGCAACAUUUCGGAAGUGGUGUUGGCAGCUCGAGCCGUUUGGGCCUUGGCUGCUAACAAUCAUAGGGCGAAAUUAGUGCCUCAGAGCACUGGAAUGUUGAUCGCUGAAAAAGUGCAUUGCAACAAGUUCGUCGAGAGCCGCAUUCUUCAAAAGCGUUGGAGCUGCUCACCUAUACACACACCGUGCUACACGCCACCUAACUACAUGUUAACAUAG